AUGGUUGAUCCAUAUCAGCUUUGGUGGUUACUACAAAUUUUUGAUCCUUCAACUGCCUGGUGGGCUGCGGCAGUUAUUCCUGUGGAAGUUUCACCCUCACAGCUUCUCAUGCUAUUGCAGUUACAGAUUCUUUACUCUCUCUCUGCCCAUCCACGUUCCAAACCCCUGUUACCCAAAUCAUUAAUCGUUUCAAUCCACCCAUUAAUCUUCUCAAUUGAAGUAACCCUAACAUUAGAUGGUAGCUCCUUCAACACCAACAAUCACAGAGAAAUAUUGAAAGCAAUUGAAGUUGUCGAACGAGAUUCCUUCGCCAUUAGUCAGAGCUUCACCUCCGUCUUCGAAGCACUCCGAUUGUCCCUCUCUCAAUCCACCGACACCUCAUAUCAUCAUAUUCAAUGCUUCACCGACGCCGCCGGUCAUCUUCAAGAAUCCGUGCUUGAUGCAGCAACUAAAGGGAAUCGAUAUAUAAAUUCGUGUCUCAAAUUGAAUGAGGAAAUGAAGAGCGUUGAUAGUCUAGCAUCCCAAUUGUAUCCAUUCACUUUGAUCUUUGCUAAUUGUUAACUUAAUUUGUUUUUACUGUUUUUGUUUAUGAUACUUGGAAG